AUGCGCUUCGCGAACAUAAAUUUUCUUUUCGGUCAACCGAUUCGCCGAUUUUCUUCAAAGCAAAAAUUGCGUGAUUAUGUUUUUCCUGAAAUUUUGCCAGAACACUGCGAAAAGAAACUAAUAUCAGGAUGGGGUCCAGGAGGUUCACGAGUCAAUGCGCAAAGAAAUGCAGUUAUAUUGAAACAUAUUCCAUCCGGAUUGGUUGUUAAGGUGCAUGAUACAAGAAUGCCAUUCGAAAAUGAAAAGAUUGCAUUUGAAAGGCUUAAAUAUAAAUUGGAUCGUAAAAUAAAUGGUGAAAAUUGCUAUGAAGAACAAUUUAAAAAAUUGGAAAAAGAGCGACAAGAUAACCUGAAACGAAAGAAAGCAUCAGCUCGUAAACGAAAAUUGAAGGUUUCACAAUGA